AUGGUAACAGUGCUGGGGGUGGGGUUCCUUGCAGGCUUCAUCGAUCUCCCUGCUUCUGUGGCCAUUUUGGAAAGUACCCGUCACAGGAGUGUGGUAGUGGAGUUUCGAGUGCAGAGUGCUGACCCCAGUCCCACCGUGGAGAUAGUUUCUCUCAUACCAGAGUCCAGAGUGUUUGAGACACCCAUUGUCAGUCAGGUCAAUGCCUCCAACAUCUUCAUUGUCCAGAUUGUACUGAAUGACUCACUGGAUUACGAGACAGUGGGCCUCCACAGUGUGCGUCUGGCGUUGGUCACUGCGGGUGGCCGUGUGGAGCAGACCUUUCACGUGCAGGUGAUCGACGUGAACGAACCACCGCAGUGUCAGCCUUUGUUUCAGCUACCAGGAGCUGAAGUUCAAGUCCCGGAAGGCCUUCCUGCUCCUUUACUAGUUUAUAAUGUUCUAGCUUUCGACCCAGAUGAAAAUGACACUCUCUCUUUUUCUAUCAUUGGAAUCCAGCCCGAUUCCGCAAAGGGACAGUUCAUGAUUGAUGGUGGAGGGGGUGUCAUUUCCAACCAAGGUUUUGACUACCAGAAUGGUCCUCAGGAGUUUCUACUCUCGUUGCUUGUGAGAGACAGACAGGAUGCCAAUUGCAGUGGUACAGUCCGGAUUAAGGUCCUGAGGGUUUUCAUACCGCCUCUAGAUUUCCUAAUCCAGUCACAGGACAUCUCUGUCCUUGAGAAUGGAGGAGCUGGUGACAUUGUGGCCUCUGUCAGAGCCAACACCACAGCUCCUGAUGUGCAAUACACUUUCCUGCAAAGCUAUCCUCCUUACAAAAUCGGCAGAGAGGAUGGGAUUAUUACAACUGCCUUCAACUUGGACCUGGAGUCUGACCGGUCCCUGGAGCAGAGAGUCCUGCUGGUCAGGGCCUUCAGUGUGUCCGAGGGUCGGCGUGGGACUGCCACAGUCACCGUCAAUGUGCUGGAUGUCAACGAGCAUGCUCCCUUCUGCGUCCCCUCUAUCUUUGUUUUGACAGUGCCAGAGACUACAGAAAUAGGAAAGAGCCUGGGAACAGUGAUGUGUGGUGACAUUGACAUCAGCAACCACAAUGUGUUACUUACACUGCGUGACAACGAUGCUUCACUCUAUAAGUUCCGCCUUCAGGAUGGCCAGCUUCAGGUGAAUGGUACUCUGGACUAUGACACGGCAAGAAUCGCCACCAACAGCUUCCAGUAUGAGGCCACCAUCCUGGCCACUGACAGCGGAGCGCCGCCCCUCACAACGGUCAUCCCGGUUAUGGUCACCGUGACACCGGUCAAUGAGUUUGACCCCCAGUUUGUGGGUCCGUUUGAGGUUGCGGUCCCGGAGGACGCUCAGUGGGGGUCUGUGGUUGGGACAGUGAAGGCCAUGGAUGCAGACUGGAGGUUUCAUGCCCUGCUCUACUCCCUCCCUGGAGGAGACGCCCUCUUCUCCAUCAACCCUGUAGGAGGACAGCUGUACCUCAAAGGAAGCCUGGAUUUUGAGGUUAAGGAAGUGUACAGUCUGAGGGUGCAGGCUGUGGAUUUUGACCAAGACGUGGAUCUCACUGUUCAGAGGACUGGAGCUGUGGAUAUCACCAUAAGAGUACAGAAUUUGAACGAUAACCCCCCGGUGUGUGACCCUGUCUCCUAUGAGUCCAACAUCUUCUCCACCCGCUCAGCAGGGCUUCCUGUCCUCACCCUGAGCUGCACUGACAGGGAUAGGGAUCCUCUCACUGCCACCAUCACCAAUGGCGCUGCGGUCGACCGUUUCCAGAUGAACGGUUUAACCCUGUCCUCCAGAAACGCCUUCUCUUAUGUACCGGGUGCCGUGUAUGACCGCACAAUGUUCGAAGUCACCAUCGCGGUGUCCGAUGGCAAGCACACCACCGAUGUCGUGGCCUAUAUCUAUGUGGUUCCAUGGACCACCACUGUGCCUACCACCACCACAACCACCACGCCUAAGCCUCCUCAGGUGGUGACUGUAGUGCAGGAGUUUUGGGACCCGGACCGGUGGUUUGUGGUGGUUCUGACUAUAACUGGGGCCUUGCUCCUGCUCUCUCUGGCCCUGCUUAUCUGGAAGAUCCUGACAUGGACUUCAGUUUGUGCGACUACAGACCCAGAAGCAUCAGACAAUCUGCUGAAGAACAGCCUGGAUAGUGAAGAACCAAGGAAGCAAGAUGCAGCCAAUCAGAACUAUCAGUCAUCACUAGAUGGCACCACUAGCCUUCCCAAAGAAGACUCGCAGAAAAGCCUCAUGAGAUUUGAUGGGAAAGCUGAAGAUCCAGUGUCUGGACGGAGCUAUCUGUUUGACUCCAAAACCGGGGAGAGGCGCUGGCUGUAAUGAACCCUCCUGUUCUCUCAUUUCACACCAGAAAUGGAAAGCACUGCUGCCUGUUUGCUAUCAUGUGAGGCAUGACUACUGAUUAAUGACAAAAUACAUCAUUUGUCUUGAUAUUUUUUUUUUUUUUGGAAGGAGUUUCAUUUGGGUUUCAUUAUUGGGCAUGAAUUAUUGACCACUUAGUAAAACAGUAAUUUUAUCUGAACCAAAGAUAGAAUAAAAUGAUGUCACCUCUGGUACUGAGUAUUGAUUGACUGAUGAUAAUGUGUUCAGUUUUCAGGCAUGCGAGUGUUUAUACUGUGAUUAUAAACAAUAAAUGUAAAUUUGAAACAAUGUUAACAAAUAAUGAAAAAGACAAAAAAAAACAGAAUAUCACAAUUAAAAUAAUCUAGUAUUUCUCUACAAUGAUGGACUAUGAAAUGAGGCAAAUUUAUCUUUACAUCUCCUACUGUCCUUUCUCUUCUCAUUUGGAAUUCUGCAUAGUUAUUCAUAGGCAUGUCUGAUUGCUACAGCAUACCGUUGAUUCAGCUUGCAGCCAGCUACAGCUGCACUGACCACCAGUUUAGCUAUGCAGUCAUUGCUCUGGAGUGUACUACUUACGCAGCUGGUGCAGGCAGAGUGCAUGUGUCUGAUCGACCAGAGAGGUCGCUAUUGCACAAUUAGGUGGAACAAUGCUAUUGCACAACAAUGCUACUGAAGUGGAGAACUAUGCCAGGUGAAACCAUGACUUGCUUGAGUGUCGCUAAUUAUGUGCUACCCUGUGGGGUUGCUUGGUUGGGAUCUGAUUUUGUGAGCCUUUUGAAGCCCUGAAGACAGAGAAUAAUGAUACAAUAUCAAUUAAAUAGCAUCUGUACUGUGGUAGACAACUUUGUUGAAGUGAAGCCAAAAUCUGUGAACAUGGGACGCAUUACUGACAUUAACACACACAAGACUUAAUAUAGGGGGAUUUUAUAACUCACUUCAUACUGGCGUUGAUCUCCGAGUUAGAUAACUGACUCAGUCUCAUGUCAAAGUAGAUAUAGUGUGUAAUGAUUUUAUGAGCCAUAAGAAGAAAACUUUGUAGUUCAAAUCCAACACCAGCUCCCUCUUACUUACAGAAUAUCAUUUGACAGAUUAGACUUCAUUGCAUACUGUAUACCAAAUUUGUCCAAAUUAGUUUCAGCGUAAUGAUGGAUGUUCAUUCAGCUCCACAGCUCACAAUAUGGUAGACAUGAUCAUGUAUGUUUUAUAUCCAAAGGUAAUUUUACUGUUGACCUUUCAGGGAGGUCAAAUACACAGGUAACAAAGAAAAAUAGUGCAAAAUGAAUACCUACUACUAGGGUACUUCCGUUUACAUUUUUAUUCUGUGAUUCUUUCUAGGCCCUUUUCAUAAUUCAUAAUAUGAAUAAUCUAAUUUCAUAUUUCAAGGUAAGGGUCCAACCCUUGGUUCUAAGGGGGCUGAAAACUCAAAGUAAGCUGCUUUCAGAUCAAGUGUAUAUGAAAUCAUCUAUCACUAAAACACGCUUUUUUUAUCAGGUAGAACGUACAUGUGUGCAAAAUGAUUUAUCACUAGAACAUGCUUAGUUUUUGAUCUAGUGAAUGUAUAAGUAUGGAAUCAUUUAUAACUAAAACGUGCUUCAUUUUUGAUCUGGUUAAAUGUAUAAGGGUAUGAAAUCAUUUAUCAUUAAAAGACAAUUAUUUGUAAAUGUGUAUGAAAUAAUAUGUCAAUAAAAUGCAUAAUACAUUG